UCUGGCCGGGAUCGGUGCGACUGAGAACAAAAAAGCGUGUGUUCUGGUAGCAGCCCUUGAGCAGUACUUUUUGUUCGCCGCUUUCUGUUGGAUGUUCAUCGAAGGGGUUUACCUUUACUUAUUUGUUGUAAAAGUUUACAAUGUUUCAAGCAAGUUGAAGAUAUGCCACGGAGUUGCAUGGAGUUUUUCUGCACUUGUGGUCGCCUUAUCCCUGAGCAUUACAGCAAGCAAAGAUGGAAUUGAGUGUUUCGUCAGUGAAAAACUUUGCUGGCUUUCUAGCGAAAACGGUCUGAUCUGGAUUUUCACUGUCUUCGUUUUACUGAUUGGAUUGCUUAACGUUAUGAUCCUUUUACGAGUUAUCAAGGAGAUGACGACAAUGCAUCAAACAAAGGACAGCCAAUCUGAAAAAAUCAGGCUUGGCAUAAGAGCAUGCUUGGUAAUGAUUCCUCUCUUGGGUGUCACGUGGCUAUUUGGUGUUCUAUCUUCAGUACACAAAGCUUUUGCUUAUAUUUUCACGAUUUUCAACUCAACUCAGGGCUUCAUGAUUUUCUUCCUGCACUGCGUGAGAAACACGGAGAUAAGAAGUCGUUUCAAAAGAAAGCUCCACUCCAUUUUCCCAUUGGCAGACAAUGGAACCAAUAUCAAAAGAAGCUCUGAAGGAAAUGAAACUGCCAGCGGCAAUAUCUCCAUAAAGAAGACUAUAGCUAAACAUAGCGUUGUGACCGAAAGAAGAAAUGACGGCUCAGAGAAAACUUCUUGCCUAUAAUUUUUUAUGCAUAUACUCAAAUAUGACACUGGCUAGUUUAUAAUUGGCAGGAAAGGAAGAUUCCCCAAAUUUUCUCAAUAAAUCAUGAUCAACAGAAGCAAAGAUUUAAUGGCAAAUGAAUACAAUACGAAAACGCUACACCUUAGGAAAGGAAAUACGACUUGCUUAUUGUACCAGCAGGGGGAUGUUGACCACCCUAGAUCAACCAAUUUUGGUUGCAAGAGUCGCGUGUGUAAUUGGUGACCAUGCCAAUUGUAGUGUUAAUUAUUUCCUUUGAAUAAUUAAGGAGCAACGCAUCCCUUUAUUAUAAAAUUAUUUUGGACGAAUACCCAGAGUGCGACACUUUGGCAUAUUGAGGAGACUAAAAGGAUUAAAAUCAUUCGUAUUCUGCUAAAUAAUAAUUUGAAAAAUGAUAAUGAUGUAAUGUAACGAUAGGCAUUUAAGUUAUCGAGUUUUUAUGCUAGUGUUAAAAAUUAAAUAAAAUUUAACGUAGAAAAUGAGAUUUUUCUAACUUCAGCAAAGCGUAAAGGCUACCAGUUCUCAUUCAGUAAGUCUUAAGCAGUUGUUAUUAGAUCAUAAUUGUAGCUAGUGUUAAACUGUAACCGCCACCUGUCAUGACCUUUUGUGUAGUUGUUAUCCACUAGAGCUUUUCCAAAAUCUCCUAAAAGGAGAAAUUCCUGCCUAGCAGUUGUAGUAUAUUACGUGAUCCUUUAGAUAAUUUGUGGCAUAACCUAAUCCUUUGUACUUUAGGCUUAAAUAGAGCUGUUUUGCAAGGCUUUCUUUGGCCAAGCCAGUUCUGGCCAGGACACACUCACUCAGGUCAAGCCAGGUUAGACUCAGUUUGGUAAAAAACCAGUCAGUUUAGUAGUGUUUACAGAACAAAUCUAUGCUGAAGCCAA